UUGCUGUGGCGGUCGCUUUAGUGGAGGUUCCUCAGUGUCAGGUCGCGGGAUGGAGGCGGAUUACCCCGUCUUCGAGAACCCGCUCUGCAGCGAGUUCAAGCACAUUUGCAAAAGGAUCAAAGAAACCUAUAAGGAGAUCAAAGAGGAUCUAACCCCUUACAAGGAUGAUCGUUACUACAGGUUGGCCCCAAUGCGAUUGUAUACACUGUCCAAACGACACUUUGUCUUGGUUUUUGUCGUGUUCUUCAUUUGUUUUGGUUUAACUCUCUUAAUAGGCAUUGCAGGUCCCAAGGUCAUUGAUGCCAUUCCAGAAGUACCUCUGUCAAGCAGUGGUCCUGAGGUAAGAAUGUUUAAUUUAAGUUCACAGUCUUUAUCUACUUACAAUCAACAGUUGUGGCUAACAUGUAUAAUACAGAUGGAUCGACGUGAUAACUUGAAAGUCGUGGCAGCGAACUUUAAUAUGUUGGUUAGAAUAAAUGGUGUAAUAGAGAAUGCAAGUGUAAAAUACUUCAACAAGGAAGUUCACAACCGGACAAGAACUCUCAACUGUGCACAACAAUGUGCUGAAAUUAUUGUGGUUCAUCUUGGCUACCUGAACUAUACUCGCUAUGAUAUCACUGUUGCCUUUGACAACCUUCCUUCGAUCUACCACAUCAAGAAGUUCAUAUGGAAAACCUACAACCCAGCUUUCUCACAAGUGGAAAUCUGGUUCCGAUUUGUCUUCGUAGUUCUCACAUUCAUAGUCACAUGUCUUUUUGCACAUUCCUUGAGGAAGUUCUCCAUGAGAGAUUGGGGAAUAGAGCAGAAAUGGAUGUCUAUUCUCCUUCCUUUGUUACUACUUUAUAAUGAUCCAUUUUUUCCUCUCUCCUUCCUAAUUAACAGUUGGUUCCCUGGAAUGUUAGAUGAUCUCUUUCAGUCUCUCUUCUUGUGUGCAUUGCUGCUGUUCUGGCUCUGUGUUUACCAUGGGAUCCGAGUGCAGGGAGAAAGGAGAUGCUUAACAUUUUAUUUUCCAAAGCUCCUUAUUGUUGGUCUUCUAUGGUUGGCUUCUGUUACUUUAGGAAUAUGGCAGACUGUCAAUGAACUCCAUGACCCAACAUACCAGUAUGGAAUUGAUGCGAGUAAUUUUCAGGGAAUGAAAAUAUUUUUCCUUGUGGUGGCAACUGUGUACAUUUUGUACCUCAUGUUUCUAAUAAUCAGGGCAUGCUCUGAACUUCGUAACAUGCCUUAUGUUGAUCUCAGGCUAAAAUUCUUGACUGCAUUGACAUUUGUGGUACUUAUAAUUAGCAUUGCUAUACUGUAUCUGCGAUUUGGAGCACAAGUUUUACAGGACAACUUGGUGGCUGAACUUUCAACUCACUAUCAUAACUCUGCAGAGUUCUUGUCAUUUUAUGGCUUACUGAACUUCUAUCUCUACACAUUAGCCUUUGUGUAUUCACCAUCAAAAAAUGCCCUUUAUGAAUCUCAGUUGAAAGACAAUCCUGCCUUUUCCAUGCUGAAUGACUCAGACGAUGAUGUGAUUUAUGGGAGUGACUAUGAGGAAAUGCCACUUCAGAAUGGCCAAGCCAUCAGAGCUAAAUUCAAAGAAGAAUCGGACAGCGAUUAAGUGUGUGUAUUGCACAUUAACUGUAAUAUAAGAACAGAGCAGCUGUGACUUCUCCCCAUGUUUCUCCUAUGUUUACUGAUGAUUGAGUGUAUCCUUUGGUGGAAAGACUUAUUUCUCCUUUUCUGUUUACAAAACCUAAAUCUGAAGGGGAAAAUCAUUUUUGGAAGAUUUGUUUUAAAGUGACUACUAUAAAUAUUGAAAAUAUUUGUGAUUAGAUGUUUCCAAAGCAGGCUGCUGAAUCAAAAAUGCUUCCGAGGUUUUAAUUGAUUGUGAAUUGCUUGUUGAUAUUCCAAUAUUAAUCAGCUCCAAAUGAAUUUAUUUGACUGUUGCAAACUAUAUUUUGAUGUGCCUGUUGCACCAUCCUUUUUUGGCCCCAAAUCUUAGCCAAAGAUAGCACUUCUUUGCCUUGGGAAACCUUAGUGUGUGUAAACAAAAACAUAAUGAAUAUCUUCUGUUAUAACUAAAGUAACAGAAAGAAGUGUGCAAGCUUUCAAGUUCUCCAGAACCCUUCAUCUGGCUUUAUGCUAAACUGAGUUCUGGAGAACUUGCAAACCUGCUACUGUUCUUGGGUACCUUUCAUUACGACAAAGUAUUACAUGACAUUUGUUUCUGGUUUCUGCUUUGAACCGAGGUGGCUACUGCAACAGCAAGGUUGGUAUUUCCAUUUCAGGGAUGAAGAAGUGACAAGGCAGAAUCAUGAUUAUAUGUCAGUUGGUUCAAGAGUUCAUCAAAUAAGGGUGUUCAGUGAGUUGCCUAUUUUUGUUAGGCAAAAUUCCUUUUGUUAUCAGUGUAAUUGGAUUUGAGAGCAAGAUUAUUUUAUAGAACUAUUCCAAGGCCAUUUAUCUAAAUGGUUAGAUUACAGAUAUCAGUGAAGAGCACACCAUUGUACCUCAGUAUCUCCUGUUUAAUCUGACUAAUCUAACACUGGUUCUCUUAUAAAAGGGUGCAAUAUCUAAUUUACAAAAAUAUUUCCCCUUAAACUCUAGAUCUGCUUUCUAAAUGGGAAUAUUUAAAAUAGUUUGAUAGUUUUGGAUGGAUAGCCAUGUUAAUAUGUAGCAUGUUAAUCUGUAGGUCAUUCUGACACAAUUGGAGCCGGCAGUUGCAGAUCUUUCUUGCUCCCCGCCCCUCAUAGUCCUUUCCAACUUUGGGAAAAUGCAUCAAUCACCAAUCCUGUCCAGUUAACUGUGAACUGGAUCCAGUGAUCUGUUGAUGGAAGGUGCUUUCCCUUGUUUCCUUCACCCCAGCAGUUCUUUCUGACCUUAGGAAAGUUAAUUCCUUGGGAUCAACAUAGAUGAAUGACUAAGUGGGGUGGGGUGGGGGAUUGUGCUAAGGAGGAAGAAGGGAGGAAGGCAUCUUGUCCUCUUUCUUCCUGUUUCAGUCAGUGCAUCUCUGUUGACAGAAGAGGUAGGAGUAAUCUCAUCUCCUUCCCUCUCCUCAGCACAACCCACAAACCCACAUGGUUACUAGUCCACACGGGUCCUGCAGCUCAAGAAAUCAGCUUUGAGGUUGGAAAGAAUUUCUGGGAGAGAAGGAAACAAUGUGCAUCUCUCGGUGUCUUCCAGUGAUGGAUCACUGGCCCAACUCUCAUAGUGAAUUGGCCAGGAUCUAGAUCGAUGGUUGAAGCAUUUUGUUAGACCAGCUGAAUGUUUGCAGGGGUGGAGGAGAGCUUUCACAGGAAAUUGGAAAGCUCUGCAAUCAUUCUUGGAACUCUUCCUGCUUCCAAGCCUGCCAGCACAGGACUAGUCAACAUCCUAUAUCCUAUGGACGUAAGGUGAAGUAAUCUUUGCACAGAGUCUGUCAGGCUGGUAAUUGGUCAAAUGUUACUCCAUUGGAUGCAUGUGCUAGAUGUUAGCCACUUUACACAGUAUAACAGUGGCAUGAUUGCUGCCAUGAUGUAACAUGCCCCACUAUUGGUCCUAUAAAAGGUAUGAUCUUGGCCAUCCUGUGUGCAUCUGAAACUAACAUCUCUCCUGGCUCAUCUUCACAUUCACCCACAGUGACUUGCCUGCGCAAGAAGCUUACCAAAAUGAUGUUGCCAAUUGCAGUUUGAGAGUGCUCUUCAUACUUUCCCAUUGGUUGCAAAGGUUCUGUGAAUUAGCAUCAUAUGGAAGUUUACCCAAACCCAGAAUUUGUCAGUAUUUUUAUAUGCUUUCGCAGGCUCAUGUUUCUGUCUGUAAUACAUCUCCCUUGUAGGAAAGCUACAUACUUUUACUUUCCAGAGCAACAUGACAUUGAUCAGUAUGCUGCCUGUUUGAAUUGAAUGUGAAAGUUUAGUGUGUUUCCACUAGCUACCCUUGAAUUACUUUUAAGUUAUUGUUCCCUUUUGCUUGUACUAAUAGAACAUAAAGUUCAAGUCAUAGGCUGGGAUACAAAGAAAUCCUUGCCAGAGGGUAAAGCACUUCUGUGCUUGCAUGGGUUUUUUUUGUUUUGUUUUUUUGCUAGUUCCCUCAGGCUACAUUGCAUAUUUGUUGUGGAUGUGACUGGCUGCUGUGGUAAAGGCGUCCAGUGCACACAUUGAACACUAGGUGUAGUAUUUUGGGUUCCCGACAUCAGCACUUACCUGAUGGAUAGUAUCACAGGACUUCCAAUACUAUGAAGGGUUAGUUGUGCAAGUCAGUAUCUAUGUAGAUAUUAAUGUGAUAAGAGAGUGUAAUGUAUUUUGCAUAUAAACUUUCUGUAUAAGAAAAGGAGCAGCUAAAAUAAUUCACUUUUGCUAAAAGUGAAAUUUCUGGUAAACCAUUGGCAAUGUCUUUGUUUUGUGACGGUUAGCAGAGCAGAGUGCUUAUAUAUACUUGGCGCUGUGAAUUUCUCUUAGCAAAAGUCAAGACUAAGGCUGCAUUCAGACAUCAUGAACAAGCCUCCAUUGAAUUUGAUUAAUAGGCAUAUGUAUGUGCUGCCUCCUUCCACUUGUGUGUGGAACACAAAAGACCUCCAUCUGACUCCAGUUUGUUGCAAUGUCUGAAUGUGAGCACCUGGACAUUGGAAUGUUUGCUUUCCCCCCAAACCAGGAUAUCUAAACUGUGGUUUAGAAUUCUAGUUCACAGUGAAGACACAAACACCAGUGCCCAGGUGUGUGAAUUUGAAUUUCAUGAUGAAUUUGAGUUAGAUUGAAGACUUGCAGAGUGAGAAAUCUUCAGUUGCACUUGCUAGCAAGAUGGCAAGGGAAAUAACCAUAAGGUUUGUUCAUAAUAUCUGAAUAAAAUCAUAGAAGAGAUUCAGCAUGGAUGUCAUAAAACAAACCUAAAGAGUGUAUGUAUGUGGGUUUUCGUAAUUUAGAUAUGUUAGAACACUAUCUAGGAAAAGUGAACUACUCUUUUGAUAUAUUUGCAUUUUCGUAAAUUAUUGUUUGUUGCUCUUCUAACUUUAAAUAUUUAACAUAACCCCAGGUUAUGUUUCCUCUCAAUUUAAAAAGAAAAUAAAGGAAUGAGGAUUUUUGUGUUGAGUGUCCCUAAGGUAAACUGGUAUUUGAACUGAUACUACUUCUGGGGAUCCAGUAAUAACAAUUGUUCUCUAUCUACCAACCCACUCAGUUGAAACAGUUCAACAGUUUCAGUCCCAAGAAUACCUUCCUGGGAAUAAGCCCCACUGAAUAAUAGGGGCUUACUUCUGAGUAGGUCUGCGUAGGAUUGUUUCCCAAAGGAGCCAUAUGAAGAACCUAGGUUUUCCAUUUUCCUGUUUCUUGGCACUCCAUAAACAGCAAAGUUCUUCUGCUUGUAUUUGAAGCUUAUCAGUAUUACCUGAGCGCUUUAAAAUGGCUUGAUUUAUAUUUAGUAACUAGGGCACAAUUCUGCCAGUGCUGAGCACUUUAAAGUCACAUUAAUUCAAAGGGGUGCUUGCUUAGAUCUGUUCCAUUGAAAUCUGGCUCAAUUGCACUGCUAACUUGUAGGGCUUCAUGAAUUGCAAAAAGAGUUAUCUAAAAUUUAGCUUAUAAAAUCUUGGAGUUGAAUCCAAACCUAUGGACACUGAGCUAGCAGACAUGCUGUUCUUCUGCUUCUUGUCUGUCUCCAGCUCUCUCAUGCCCUUUGAAAAAGCACUCCUGAAGCAUGGAGGAGCUUGGGGAACAGUGAGUCAGGCUACAGGUCAUAGGGGAAUUUGGUAAACAUCCCCACCUGCUCACGUGUGACUACUUAUUCCAUUCAUAGUGGUGAAUAGGAUUACUUCUCUUAUCCACAUGUGGCAUCCUCAAGACAUUUCUCUGACUUUCAGCAGCAGCUUUUGGGGGGAGGACAGGGCGGGGGGGGGGGGCUGGAGAAAGGUAGAAACAUUUUUUUUGUCUCCUUCCCCAGAUGCAUUUCCAGGGUGGAUCAUUUUAAAUAGCUAUUCAUUAAUUAAUGAAAGCUAAAAAUGAGAAACUGAGAUGGUGUGUGGUCCUGGACACUGUGUUUUUUUAAAAUGCCUUUUGUAGACUCCUUGUAUAAUACAGCCUUUCUUCAUUAUAAAAAGUUAUAAGUUGUUUAAAAUGUUGUAAAGCAACACAGAAAACUUAGUAUAAACUAGCAAUUGCAAAAUGGGAGGUAGUUGAGAGGUUCUCUGAUUAAACUGGUUUAACAUCAUUCCCUUACCUGGGCCACACACAGUGGUUGGGAGCUGAGAUGUGGUGCCAAUGUGUGUAAUUUCACUGUUUUAGCCAAAAGAGUGCCUGAGGAGAAGAUUGACUUGUGUGGUUACAUAUUUCCCAUAGCCAGCUGAGGUGUUGGUAGUGAAAGUGCCUUUUGUUAAGGUGUUUCAUUGUUUUAGCAACUGUGGAAGCUAAUGUACUAUUAGGGUAAAAAUCUCUGUGUGAGAAUAUGCCCUAAGUUAAUAGCUUGUUCUAGUCAUUUGCACCCACACCUUCCUGGCCCUUGUUUUCAGAUGUUCAGCCUUACCACAUGUGAUUGCAUCACAAAUCUAAAUUUUACUGUAACUGAAGCCAUAUCUGAAGUCCUGCAACUGCCAAUAAAGUCUUGAACUGAAACAAGACAACUUUCAGUGCCAGUAAAUCUGAAAUAGCAGCAUAACAAAGGCUGCACUGAAUAUUCUCCACUUUAAAUGUUUGAAUAGUAACUAGCAAAUUGGGGGGUGAGUUCUCCUCCAGUUGAUUUCCAUUAUGAAUAUUCAUCUUGUUUUCUUUUUUAUAAAUCCUGUUCAGCAUUCUUGUUGGCUGCUGUUUCUUUAAUAGUCUUUUUCUCCUUGCCAUUGGCUACAUUUUCUUCCAUCCUGGAUUAGUCAUGUGAGUGAUCCUACUCAAUCAGGAAUCACAAUUUAAAGGUUAUGAAAGAAUGUUCUUCUAAUCAAAUUUGCCUGUCAUCACAGGGUGAGGAGGAAAAAAAAACUUUUGCAGAGCAUAUUGAAAAACUGUUGAAAAAAAAUCUUUCAGCACUGUUGAAAUAUGCAAGAGUAACUUUGGAUAAACUCUAAGCAUAAGCCAGUAAAGCAGGGGUUCCCAGUGUGAUGGCAGCUGACACCUUUCUGGAAAUUCACCAAGUGAUUUUGGAAAGUGGGUGGGGCCAGGUGAAACUUCUGUCCAGCAGGGCUUCUGAUUGGCUACUGGGAGAUCUGAUUGGAUGUACAGAUUUUUAAAAGAGUUCUUCACUGUGUGGCUGAAGGAAUGCCGUGUGUAUGCAAGGAAAUAUUUUUAAAUAAUAUGUUCAUUUUAAAAUGCACCUUGUUAAGCAAAGCUUCUACUUGAAAUGUGAAAGAGUUACCAUCAAGAGUUAUAAAGUCACUCCCUGACAUUUUGUGGUUGGCUCUUUUCUCCUUUGGCAGCUAUACUGUGUUUGGGCCCAUCACUCUGUAUCAGAAACAGUUGGGGACCUCUACAAUAGAACAGCAGGUUAGGGAACAAAAUUUGUUUAUGCCAAAAUCUGAAAGGGAAGAAGGGUGUUUAGUGAGAGACUUGGCAGCAUGGUAUUGUGCAUCUUUACUUGGGUUCUCAGUAAACUCAGUGCAACAUGCUUUUAAAAUAUACAAAGAACUGCAGCUUUACAGUGGGAAUCUUUUUGACUGGUGAUGGAGCCCAAAGGCAGUUGUUGCAUUGAAAACAUGUAGUCUUGCAUUUUUUAGCCAUAUGUUCCAAUUGUGCCAGUAAUUUAUAUUUAAAAACUCUUUAAACCACUGUACAACUGAAUUCAGCUUUUGUAAAUAAAUGUAAAAUGAAGUAAGUCUCUAGAGAGAAAUUUUAUACCAUAACAUGGCAAGAGGAUGUGCAAAGUAUAUCUGCAUGUUAAUAAGAAGCUGUAAAUACAGUUUUGCUUUUUGGGGGGAGAUAUACAUGGUGUAUCUUCAUGUGUCUUCUACAUGCUUGGGGGAAUUGCUAUUUUGUAAUCAUGAGUUGCCAGGAACACUGGAAAUAACUUUUGCUGGGCUGGAAUCUAUGAGCAAAAUCAACAUCUAUUUGCAGUAAAUAUUGGGUGCUGAAGUGCUUAGGAGGCCCUGUGCAUAAUAAAAUCAUUGUGUUCAAUAUGUUCAUAAUAAAAGUUUUAUACUUGUA